AGUGCUGCAAUUCUGAAGUUGCUUCGCCCACUUCCCGCUGCUCUUUCUAGCAGUGGUGCCAAUUGUGCUCGAAGUUGGGCAGGCUUCCCGGCAAGCAGCUCGCAGCACUUGUUUAUAGUAGCAAAGCAGGCCGAAGCUUACCCCAGUGAUAUCGCCGCUCUGCCGGGGACCGCUUUAGAGGUCCCAGCAUGAUGAUGCUCUGUUUAUAAGCCGAGCAAUUCACGCACUCGAUCUUUCUAGGCGCCCCUCGCAGCCAGCGCCAUGGGUGGCACGUUCGGCUUCCUAAAUUGCUCGUACGCGAUCAGCAUUUCGCGUCUUCGCCUAGAAUAAGUCCCCGCAAAUACGCACCCGUUCUUUCUAGGCCUGUUCCUUCCAGGCCUGUUCUUUCUAGGCGGUCCUGUUAGCCGGCGCGAGCAGCGCGUUCAGCCACCUAGGGUACUCGUGCGCGAUCAGCAUUUGCCCUCCUCGCCUAGAAUACGCCUCUGCAUUCUCGCACCUGUUCUCGCGCCUGUUCGUUCCAGGCAUUCGCCUUAACUUAAUCAGCGCCAUGGGCAGCACAUUCGCCGACCUGGGGUACUCGUGCGCGAUCAACUUGAGCAUCUUCGCCGCCAUGAUCGUGCUCUACACCAUCCUCUCCAAGCAGCCGCUCAACGCGCGCGUCUACUUCACCAAGUGGUUCUCCAUCAACGACCAGGAAGCGUCGGAGAAGUACGAGAAGCUGAAGAUGAAGGGCAACAUGGUGAAGAAGCGGCAGUGGUUGGAGCUGUCGCUGAAGAAGUACCGCCGCGCCUUCUCCUGGGUGCAGGUCGCGCUCGCCCUGCCGGAGCGUGAGCUCAUCGCCCAUGCGGGGCUGGACAACGUCGUCUUUCUGCAUACUCUCAAACUGGGCUUCAAGAUCUUCGGCCCGAUAUUGAUAGUGGCGGGGGCGGUGCUGCUGCCGGUGAACUACAUGGGCGACUGGCUGCAGCAGCAGGCGCAGAGCAACCCGGACUUCACGUACGAGGACAUCGACCGCCUCUCCAUCGCCAACAUCCCCAAUGAGUCCCGCCUGCUGUGGGUGCACGUGUCCAUGGCAUGGCUGUUCAACAUGUGGGCGCUGUACAUGAUGCGCGAGGAGCACCGCACCGUCGCUGACAUGCGCCUCAACUUCCUCGCCGACCAGAAGAGAGCCCCCAACCAGUUCACUGUGCUGGUGCGGCAAGUGCCCAAGCACCCGAUCAAGACAGUGGCUGAGAAUGUUGACCACUUCUUUUCAGUCAACCACCGCGACCAUUACCUGCUCACUCAGCCAGUGUACAACGCGAACAAGGUGGCGCGGCUGGAGAAGAAGCGGGGGAAGCUGGAGAACAAGCUGAUCGAGCUGGAGAUCAAGCGGGAGCGCCACCCCAGGAGGAAGCUCACCACCCGGUCGGGGUUCCUGGGGCUGUUUGGCGAGAAGGUGGACGCGAUUCAAUACUACCAGGAUAAAGUGGAAGACAUUUGUAUGGAGAUCCUCACGGAGCGCGACCGCGUGAUCAAGGACCCGGCCCGCACCAUGCCGGCGGCCUUCGUGUCCUUCUCGUCGCGGUGGGGCGCGGCGGUGGCGGCACAGACGCUGCAGUGCAAGGACAGCUCGCAGUGGAGCACACAGUGGGCGCCGGAGCAGCGCGACGUCAAGUGGGCCAACCUGCCCGUGCCGCACGAGCAGCUGGCGCUGCGGCGGCUGAUCAUCGUGGCGGUGGUGGUGGGCAUCGUCUUCUUCUACACCAUCCCCAUCGGCUUCGUGCAGUCGCUCGCCAACCUCGACAACAUCAGCCGCUCCAUGCCCUGGCUCACCCCCCUCAUCCGCAUCCCCUUCGUGAACGCGUUCUUCACGGACUUCCUGUCCGGCCUGGCGCUGAAGGUGUUCAUCGCCGUGCUGCCCUACCUCCUCAUCUUCCUCUCCUCGCUCGAGGGCCACGUGAGCUACUCGCAGAUCGACCUGGCGGCCACCGGCAAGUUCUUCUGGUUCAUCGUCGGCACCGUCUUCGUCACCAACGUCAUGGGGGGGGCGCUGCUCGCGGCAACUUAUGACCUGUCAGAGCACACGAUGAGCAUACUCUGAGGUGCGCCUCACAUGACUGGCGUAGGG